AUGCACGACUUGGCGCGUGGAUCGGCGUCGGGCCGUGGGGCAUGGAUGCUUGGCGCGGUGGCUGUGGGCUCGUCGCUAGCGACGCUGCUAGCAGUGCUGAGUUACCAGCGAUCGUCGCGCAAGGCGCGCCGCAAACGGCUCGAAACUGAAGCGCACAAAGCCGCCGUUGCUUCGGCUCUGCCGUCGCUGCACGGCGGCGGCAUAGGCACCGCGCAUACACCACCUACUGAAGCACACGAUGAGACACUUAUUCGCGAGCAGCUCAGCCGCAACUACAGUUUCCUUGGCGAAGAAGGGAUGCAGCGUGUGCGCGAUAGUUUCGUGAUUGUCGUCGGCGCCGGAGGAGUUGGCAGCUGGUCUGCGCUCAUGCUGCUGCGCUCCGGCGUGGGCCACAUUCGGAUCAUCGACUUUGACCAGGUGUCGCUCUCCUCCUUGAAUCGGCACGCGUGUGCUACGCUGGCCGAUGUGGGGCGCCCAAAGGUCGAGUGUUGUGCGCACUACUUUGAGCAGGUCGCGCCGUGGGCAAACGUCGAGGCAUGUGCCGAGCUAUUUCAUGCCAAGAACGCCGCACGGCUUUUGGACGGACAGCCCACGUACGUGGUGGACGCAAUCGAUAACCUCGAGACUAAAGUAGCGCUUCUGCGCUUCUGCGCCACGCACCAUCUGCGCGUCUUUUCCUCGAUGGGCGCCGGGGCCAAGGCAGACCCAAGCCGGAUCCAAAUUAGCGAUAUCUCUACCACCGUCGAGGAUCCUUUGGCGCGUGUCGUUCGCCGAGAGCUGCGUGCCGUGGGCGUGCCUCCGAUUCCUGCAGUGCACACCCAGCACGACCCUCCGUAUACAGACGCUGACUUUGCACAGGAAUGGUGCGUGCCGUGCGUGUAUUCUACAGAAAAGUCCGAUGUGCGGCUGCUUCCGCUUCCGGAAGACGAGAUGGACAAGGGGGAUGUGGGCGAGCUUGCAGCGUUUGAGGAUUUCAGGGUGCGUAUUCUUCCCGUGCUUGGGCCACUUCCGGCCAUGUUUGGACUCGCCGCCGCCACCUACAUCCUUUGCGACCUUGCGGGGCACAAGAUGGAGCCGCUGAAUGUCAAGGGGCGCCGCAAACUGUAUGAAAAACUAUUCGCCGACUUAAACGUCACGGAAUCACGCUACCCGUCGCCGCACACACCGGCUCCGCCGCCGGCGAAUCGCACGCCGCUCACAGCCUCGGAUAUCCCCCCGACGUACCAUGCAUCACAUCCGUCCAGCAAGAAUGGGCCGCCGCCCAAAGUGCGCAUUCCAUUCAGCGUGAAUGACUGCGCGUACUUGUUUGAGGAAGUCUUUCGUGGACGCUCAGUCGUCCCGCCAUUUGAGACGCUGGGCACGGGGCAGCUCAUGCGCUGGGACCCCAAGCGUCCGCUCGAGUACACCAACGUUGCAUUGUUUACCCGGAAGCAGGCGCGCGAGCAUGAGACGGUCCUGAAAGAGAGCCUUGAUCCAGAGGCAUUUUGGGGGGCACACGUCGCCGAAAUGAUGCGUCGAAGACUAGCCGAGGAGCGGCGCAUGUCGCACUGGCGCUAG